AUGGCCCGGACCAGAAUCCAGCUGAACUUAGAGUUUAGUUUUGCAGAUGCUCUAGAUACUAUUUUAAUAAUUGUGGGAUCCAUCGCAGCUGUUGCAGCAGGAACUGGACAACCAAUUAUCAUCAUUAUCUUUGGCCAGGUGACAAACAGCUUUGUGAAUACUAGUUUAAAUGUGUCUACAGGUAAUCAGACUGGAAAAAGCAUCCUAAAGGAAAGCAAUGAUAUAGAAAAUCAAAUGACUUAUCAUGCAUACUACUUUGUUGGAAUUGGCUUUGCUGUACUGCUCUGUAGUUUUGUUGAAAUCUGGGCCUUUGUGACUGCUUCUGCAAGACAAACAUCAAGGAUACGGGAUAAAUUCUUUUUUGCUGUUCUUCACCAAGAAAUGGCCUGGUUUGAUACCACACCAAUUGGAACAUUGAAUACGAGACUAACAGAGGAUAUUAACACCGUUCACAAAGGUAUUGGAGACAAGAUUGGUUUAAUAAUCCAAGAAUUUUCAACAUUUCUGAUGGGAAUUAUAAUAGGAUUUGUAUAUGGAUGGAAACUGACCCUGGUGAUAUUGUCUGUUACUCCUCUUAUUGCUGUUUCCGGGGGCUUAUGGUCAUAUAUACUAUCAGUAUUGACUGCGAAGGAGCUGCUGGCUUAUGGCAAGGCAGGGUCUGUGGCAGAAGAAAUUUUGUCAGCCAUCAGGACAGUUAUUGCUUUCAAUGGACAGAAGAAAGCUAUAGCAAGGUAUGAUAAAAACCUAGAAGAGGCUCAGUCUAUUGGAACAAAAAAGACUAUCACCACCAAUUUUUCAACUGGUGUAUCCCAGUUUUUGAUGUAUGGAUGUUAUGCCAUCGGCUUCUGGUAUGGAACCAAGCUCACAAUAGAUGAAAGGGAUAAUUAUGAUAUUGGAACAGUAUUAAUUAUUUUCUUUUCUGUGCUUAUGGGUGCAUUUGCCCUUGGACAGGCUUCCCCCAAUUUGGAGAAUGUGGCCAAUGCUCGUGGAGCAGCCUACCAAGUCUUUAAAAUAAUCAAAAAGCCUCGUCCCAUAGAUAGCAGUUCCACUGAUGGAUUCAAGCUGGAUAAACUCAGAGGAGAAAUUGAAUUCAAAAAUAUCUAUUUCAGUUACCCUUCUAGACCAAAUAUUCAGAUUCUUAAAGGUCUGAACUUAAAAAUACAACCCGGACAAACCAUUGCUCUUGUUGGUUCCAGUGGUUGUGGGAAAAGCACUACUAUUCAACUCUUGCAAAGAUUUUAUGAUCCAUCACAAGGACAGAUUACCAUAGAUGGGCAUGAUGUUCGAACCCUUAACAUCAAAUGGAUGAGGGAAAACAUUGGCAUUGUAAGCCAAGAACCAGUUUUAUUUGCUACCACAAUUGCAGGCAAUAUUCGUUAUGGCAGAGAGGAUAUUACUGAUGCUGAAAUUGAAGAAGCAGCCAAAGAAGCAAAUGCUUAUGACUUCAUAAUGAAGCUUCCUGAUAAAUUUAAUACCAUGGUUGGAGAAAGAGGAGCCCAGCUCAGUGGUGGUCAGAAACAGCGUAUUGCUAUUGCUCGUGCCCUGGCCAGAAACCCCAAGAUCUUGCUGCUGGAUGAGGCCACCUCUGCUUUAGAUAAUCAGAGUGAAUCUGUAGUCCAAGCAGCACUUGAUAAGGCCAGGGCUGGGCGCACCACCAUUGUAAUUGCUCACAGACUCUCUACAAUCAGGACAGCUGAUGUUAUUGCAGGCUUUGAGAAGGGUGUUCUUAUCGAACAAGGGACACAUAGUGAACUCAUGGCACAUAAAGGAGUUUACUAUGCCCUUGUAAUGCAGCAGAAUUACCAGAAAGAAGAACCAGAGAGUGAAACAUCAAAUGAAGAAACAAAAUUUAAGACUGAGGAUGAAAAUAGUGACAUUUCAGAGAAAGAAAAUUUAUAUGAAACAGAAGAUCUAAAUGAUUUGGGGAGUUCUAAUGGUGGCUCAGAAGUAGCUAAGUAUGGAAGUUUACGAAGAAAAGAGACUCUCCCAGAUGUUCCCUACACCAGGAUCCUGGCUCUGAAUAAGCCUGAAUUCUGCUACAUAGCAAUUGGGAUCGUUGCUGCUGCCAUUGGUGGAGGUGUUACUCCUGCCUUUGCAGUUCUGUUUGGUAAAAUCAUUGGGGCUUUCCAAGAACAAGACAAUGUAAAGAAAAGUCAGAAGACAGUCCUAUAUUCUAUCAUGUUUCUGGUGUUGGGAGUGAUCAGCUUAAUAACUUAUAUAAUCCAGGGAUUCACUUUUGGGAAGUCUGGAGAAGCUCUCACAAUGCGGUUGCGCUCUCUUUCUUUCAAAGCCUUGCUGCAGCAGGAAAUUGGAUGGUUUGAUGAUCACAAUAAUGCUAUUGGAGUUUUGUUAACCAGACUUUCAACAGAUGCUUCCCAAGUUAAAGGAGCUACUGGAAGUCGACUGGCCUUAAUGACCAUGACUUUCUCCACACUCGUGACAGCUCUUAUCAUUGCUUUUGCAAAUGGUUGGCAAUUAACGCUGCUCAUCCUAGCUUGUAUUCCCUUCAUCCUUGUUGCAAAGACUUUUCAAAUGAAAUCGAUGGCAGGUCAUGCAGCUCAGGAUCAAAAAGCCCUUGAAGAAGCUGGAAGGAUUUCAACAGAAGUUGUAGAAAAUAUAAGAACUGUUGUGGCAUUAACAAGAGAAGAUAGAUUUUUUGAGAACUACAAAGCAAGCUUAUAUAAACCACACAAGGACACACUAAAGAAAGCUCCUAUUAAUGGCUUAUCCUAUGCCAUAGGCAUGAGUUUCAACUUUUUUAUAAAUGCUGCUGUCUUCACAUUUGGAGCAUGGCUUAUUGCCCAUUGUUUUAUGAAUUUUGAACAACUGUUUAUAGUUUUUUCAUCAGUGGUUUUUGCUGCAAUGAAUGCUGCCCAAGUUAAUUCUCUUGCACCUGAUUUUAGCAAGUCAAAGGUUUCAGCCCAAAGAAUAUUUCACCUUUUGGAUCAAAAGCCUGUAAUUGACAGCUAUAGUGAAGAAGGAGAUAAAUUAGAGAAAUUUGAAGGCAACAUUGAAUUUAAAGAUAUCCAUUUUGCAUAUCCAACCAGACCAGAAGUUCAGGUUUUGCAAGGGCUCAAUAUAAAGAUUAACAAGGGCCAGACCCUGGCUCUCGUGGGUAGCAGUGGCUGUGGCAAGAGCACUUCUAUUCAACUUCUAGAGCGAUUCUAUGACCCAGUGUCAGGACAAGUGAUUGCAGAUGGUGUAGAUAUCAAAUCUCUACAUAUACAGUGGCUAAGAUCCAGACUGGGACUUGUACAACAAGAACCUAUUCUGUUUGACUGCAGUAUUGCAGAGAAUAUCCAGUAUGGAGAUAACAGCAGAGUUGUUAGCCAGGAAGAAAUUGAAGAAGCAGCCAAAGCAGCCAAUAUUUACAAUUUUAUAGAAAAUCUUCCAGAGAAAUACAAUACUCGAGUGGGUGAUAAAGGAGCACAGCUUUCAGGAGGACAGAAGCAAAGAAUAGCUAUUGCUCGUGCCCUUGUCCGAAAACCAGCAGUUCUUCUUCUAGACGAGGCCACAUCAGCUCUGGAUACAGAGAGUGAAAAGGUUGUCCAGAAAGCAUUAGAUGAAGCUCGAAAAGGCCGAACCUGCAUUGUUAUUGCUCAUCGAUUGUCAACAAUCCAGAAUUCUGAUAUCAUAGCAGUCAUCCAAAAUGGCAGUGUAGUUGAACAAGGAACUCACAGUCAGCUACUGGCAUUGGAGGGAUUUUAUUAUGCACUUGUCAAUGCCCAAGUAUCCCAUUAG